AUGAAGGAAGGGGCUACAAAUCAAGAAAUGCAGGCAGCUCAUAGAAACCGGAAAAAGCAAGGAAUAGAUUCUCCUCCAGAGCCUCCAGAAGAAACAGUCCUGCUGACGCCCUUGAUUUCAGCCCAAUUCUAUGACAAGGUGCUUUCUUUGCACGAGGAUUCCGCAACCCCUGUGUCUAACCCUCUGCUUGCAUUUACUCUCAUCAAACGCCUACAGUCUGACUGGAGGAAUGUAGUACAUAGUCUGGAGGCCAGUGAGAACAUCCGAGCUCUGAAGGAUGGUUAUGAGAAGGUGGAACAGGACCUGCCAGCCUUUGAGGACGUUGAGGGAGCAGCAAGGGCCCUGAUGCGGCUGCAGGAUGUGUACAUGCUCAACGUGAAGGGCCUGGCCCGGGGCGUCUUCCAGAGAGUCGUUGGCUCCGCCGUCACUGACCUGUACAGCCCCAGACGGCUCUUCUCCCUCACAGCAGAUGACUGCUUCCAAGUUGGCAAGGUGGCCUAUGACAUGGGGGAUUACUACCAUGCCAUUCCAUGGUUGGAGGAGGCUGUCAGUCUCUUCCGAGGAUCUUAUGGAGAAUGGAAGACAGAGGAUGAGGCAAGUCUAGAGGAUGCCUUGGAUCACUUGGCCUUUGCCUACUUCCAGGCCGGCAAUGUUUCGUGCGCCCUCAGCCUCUCCCGAGAGUUUCUCCUCUACAGCCCAGAUAAUAAGAGGAUGGCCAGGAAUGUGUUGAAAUACGAAAAGCUUUUGGCAGAGAGCCCCAACCAGGUGGUAGCUGAGGCUGUCAUCCAGAGGCCCAACGUACCCCACCUGCAGACCAGAGACACCUACGAGGGGUUAUGUCAGACGCUGGGAUCCCAGCCUACUCACUACCAGAUCCCUAGCCUCUACUGUUCGUAUGAGACAAAUUCGAGCCCCUACCUGCAGCUCCAGCCCGUCCGGAAGGAGGUCAUCCACCUGGAGCCCUAUGUUGUUCUCUACCAUGACUUUGUCAGUGACGUGGAGGCUCAGAAAAUUAGAGGGCUUGCAGAACCGUGGCUACAGAGGUCUGUGGUGGCAUCAGGGGAGAAGCAGUUGCCAGUGGAGUACCGAAUCAGCAAAAGUGCCUGGCUGAAGGACACCGUCGAUCCCCUGCUGGUGACCCUUGACCAUCGCAUUGGUGCCCUCACAGGCCUUGAUGUCCAGCCUCCCUACGCAGAGUAUCUCCAGGUGGUGAAUUAUGGAAUUGGCGGUCACUAUGAGCCUCACUUUGACCAUGCUACGUCACCAACUAGCCCACUGUACAGAAUGAAGUCUGGGAACCGAGUGGCAACAUUUAUGAUCUAUCUGAGCUCCGUGGAAGCUGGAGGAGCCACUGCCUUCAUCUAUGCCAACUUUAGCGUGCCUGUGGUCAAGAAUGCAGCACUGUUUUGGUGGAAUCUGCGUAGGAGUGGUGAAGGGGAUGGUGACACACUUCAUGCAGGCUGUCCUGUCCUGGUGGGAGAUAAGUGGGUGGCCAACAAGUGGAUACAUGAGUAUGGACAGGAGUUCCGCAGACCCUGCAGCUCAAGCCCUAAAGACUAAAAUGUUGGCAGAGAGAAGCUGGUGGAGUCCUGUGACUUUCCAGAGAAGCCAGAAGCCAAAGGCCAGGCUAGAAGAGGAGAAAG